CGCUACAUGUCGUCACAGGAGAGAAGUCGGAUCCUGUAAGCCCCAGAGCUUGCCGCCAUAAUACAAAAUUCAUCUGAUGUUCAAUCCUUUCUGCAUCAACCUCAGAUCUCUCAGUCGGACAUUGAAACUUCACUCAAACCUCUCUGCUCUCCACACUCGUUCUCUCUUACACCACAAAGAAAAGCCCAUCAAUUGGAACACAAAACAUACGUUUGUCCUGUCAAAUCCCCUGCUCUCUCUCUUGGAAAAAUGCAAUUCGAUGACCCAACUGAAGCAAAUCCAAGCCCAAAUGACUGUUACUGGCUUGAUCUUGGAUGGGUUUGCCUCGAGUCGCUUGAUCGCCUUCUGUGCCAUCUCGGAAUCGGGUAGUCUUGAUUAUUGUAAAUUAUUAUUGAAAAAUACCCAAAACAUAAAUGUCUUCUCAUGGAAUGUUUCAAUUAGAGGUUUUUCCGAAAGUGGAACCCCAAAAGAAGCUAUCUUGUUGUACAAGCGUAUGCUGAGAAGUACCUGGUCGCGACCAGAUAGUUACACUUACCCUUUGUUGUUUAAAUCUUGUGCGCGCAUGUCGUUGAUUUGGACGGGUCACGGGGUUCUGGGUCAUGUUUUGCAGUUGGGUUUUGAUUCAGACAUCUUCGUGCACAAUGCAGUUAUUCAUUUGUUAGUGUCGUGUGGAGAAUUGGAUUCAGCACGUAAGGUGUUUGCUGAAAGUGGUGUGAGAGAUUUGGUUUCUUGGAAUUCAUUGAUAAAUGGUUAUGUUCGGAGCGGACAAGCACAUGAAGCAUUGAGGAUUUACCGAGAAAUGGAGGUAGAUAGAAUUAAGCCAGAUGAGGUUACAAUGAUUGGGGUGGUUUCCGCAUGUGCGCAAUUGGAGGAUUUGAAUACUGGAAGAGAAUUUCAUCUAUAUAUAGAAGAAAACAGAUUGAAUUUAACAGUUCCACUAGCUAAUGCGCUUAUGGACAUGUAUGUAAAAUGUGGUAAUCUUGAGGAAGCACAGACAUUAUUUGACAAGAUGGCAAAGAAAACCAUAGUCUCUUGGACAACUAUGGUUACGGGCUAUGCCAAAUUUGGAUUUCUGGAUAUCGCUCAGAGUCUUUUUGAUGAAAUGCCAGAGAAAGAUGUUGUGCCUUGGAAUGCCAUGAUUGGUUGUUAUGUUCAGGCCAAGUGUAGCAAGGAGGCUUUGGCUUUGUUUCAGGACAUGCAAGCUAGGAACGUAAAACCUGAUGAGGUUACUAUGGUCAGCUGCCUCUCUGCAUGCUCACAACUUGGAGCACUUGAUGUUGGAGUAUGGAUUCACAAGUACAUUAGAAAACACAAACUUACAUUAAAUGUUGCCCUGGGAACUGCUCUAGUUGACAUGUAUGCCAAGUGUGGUAACAUCAAGAAGGCAGUUCAGGUUUUUCACGAGAUACCAAGAAGAAAUUCUCUCACUUGGACGGCCAUGAUUGGUGGUUUAGCUCUUCAUGGGAACGCACAUGAUGCUAUCUCUCACUUCUCAGGGAUGAUUGAUAUUGGUUUGGUACCAGAUGAAAUAACCUAUCUUGGGUUGUUAUCUGCAUGUUGUCACGGAGGUUUGGUUGAAGAGGGUCGUAAGUUCUUUGCCCAAAUGAGCUCCAAAUUCAACCUUUCCCCCAAGCUUAAACACUACUCUUGCAUGGUGGACCUUCUUGGCAGGGCGGGUCUCUUGGAAGAGACAGAAGAGCUUAUUAAGAGCAUGCCAAUACCAGCAGAUGCUGUGGUUUGGGGAUCAUUGUUUUUUGCUUGUCGAAUUCAUGGAAAUGUUGAUAUGGGAGAAAGGGCAGCUGCGAAGCUUCUUGAGUUGGAUCCUCAUGACAGUGGAAUAUAUGUUUUGCUUGCAAAUAUGUAUAGGGAAGCGAAAAUGUGGGAUGAGGCUGAGGAAGCAAGGAGGAGGAUGAGGGAGAGGGGUGUAGAAAAAACUCCUGGUUGCAGCUCAAUUGAAGUAAAUGGCAAUGUUUCUGAGUUUAUUGUCAGGGAUAACUCACACCCUCAAUCUGAAGAGAUUUAUGAAUGUUUGAUUCAGUUAACAAGGCAGCUGGAUCUUGUUGAAUAUGGUCUUCAUUUUCUGAGAGAUCAUUUCUGCUUUGAGCUAUGAACUAGGCAUCCAAAUUUCAAUUAGCUGAUGUAGAAGGAAGCUGAUCAUCUUAUUUGAGUUUUAGUCUCGAGAUGUUUAAAGCAUCACUGGACCCUUGGAGUAUACUAUUUAGUAUUAAUCCUAUGACAUAGAUGUCUGUAGAUGCAAUUGAUUUGUCAUUGGCUGCUGUGAAAUCCUUCUCUUGUGUCUCCCCAUGCCCCUUUAGAAUUUAGACAUGAUUCCAUGCCAGCUUUUUAUUCCUGCAGCUGUGUUCCAUGUGAUUUGCUUCUCCAAUUGGGCAAUGUGAAACUUUUGAUCCAGAACACAGUAGAAAUUUUAGGCUGGUCGCUCUAUUUUUCUUGCUUGAAUCUAUUUAGUGCUGGUUGCUCUAUGAAUUUCAUUAUGGAAUUUGAUAUUGCUAUGCCAAAGCAUCAAAGAUGAAGGGACCGUAUCAGCAGGGAGUGGGAACACAGUUAAAGUCAAUAUGUCAUUUGUUACGUCCACGGCUGUGAAUCUUGCAUUCAAAAUAACUGUGGCGGGCCUCAAGAAAUAUUUGGAUGGCCCCUGUAAAUGGUAGGCUAUAACCUGGCAUUUCUGGGCAGUAGGCGCUGGUGGUGCUUCUUCCCUUCCCUUCAUGUGUAUUCACUGGACAGUGCUUAAAUCUGUUUGAAGGUGAAUUAAGGGAUGGAAUGAUGGGAGAGACUGAUGGCUUGGUUGGUGCCUUCAAGAAGACUCCCUGAUCAGAUUUUACUGUUGGGCUUUGCUUGAGAUACAACAUAUCAUGUCUUGGCAUAGUUCUUUCCAUGUUCUUUAUUUUGAAAUAUAUGAUUCUCCAUUGCUGGUGAUCCUUAUAACAAAGUUGCGGGUCAGUAUAUUACCUUGUGCGUUUGCUUUUUAAAGCAUACUGAUGAAAAAGUUUAAUAAUUACGUAGCCAAUACUUCUGUGUUGAAUUUUAAAAUAGGAUUUGACAUAUGUAGGUUUUACAAAGUAAAGUCAAGACUAAUACUUUUUACUGACCUCAAGAUCCAAUGCCCCCAAGUGAUUAUAGGAUUCAACAAUUAUGCUGGACUCACAACUUUUCAAGGUCAUGUGGUCUCCCCAGCAAAAUGAUCGUGUUAGGCCUUGGAUUUGUGCUGAUUUGGUGAACAACAAUAGAGCUCGAGGGUACAUGUCUGGCUAAAGUUUAGUUCAAAGGUAAAAUCAACUAGCUGGUGUUUCUGAGGUAGGAGACCAGCAUGGUAAGUUCGUACUCUUUUGGCUUCUUAGUGAGUUGUGAGAGUGCAUUUCUAGCCCGCCCUUAGUUUUACUUGCAAUUUUGUAUCUUCUCUAUGUAAUCACACCACAAAACAAUAACAUUAAGUAAGUUAAAAGCACAAGACAGCAUAUUUUUAUGUGGAAAACCUAAACGUAAAAAACCAUGGGACCUACCAGUAACUCAAGUUUAGAUUCCUACUCUAGAAUCAGUUGAAGUUGAUAUACCUCUGAUGUAUGAUGAUCAUAGCUAGUCUAGAUUCUUGUGCCUCGAGAAUCACCACUCCGCUUCCUAUGUCUAUGCAAUUUCCUCUCCAGUGAGUUGCUUUUAUUGAACAGUGAUGUAAUGCAAACGCUUCCUCAAUCGAGCCAAAAUUUCAUUCUCUAAACCAAGGUAGAAGGAUGGUUGAUGCAGAUCUCUUCGAACAAUGCCAAUGAUGAAUUUCUGCACUUAAGCAUAAAUCACACAGUAAACACUGAUGGGUAUCACUAAUUUCCCCUAUCUAUGAUCAACAAAAGCUUUGUGAAAAUUUGCGAAAUCUAAUUUUGUAAUCAGAAGAGAAACUUUGUGAAAUUUCUUCAGAACUUCAAGUGACUAAUAUCUUAGUUUUCUUCCAUGUUUUCUUGCUCAAAAUUAUGUUUUAAGACACAAAUAUCUAUGUAUAAGUUCCU